GUACCAAUUAACCGCACUGCCCCUCGCCUCGGCUGAUUCUCUUGCACAGAGACGACAGACGAGCGAGUAAUGAGCGACCUCUCCAUUGCAGCUCCCACCGUAAAACACCACCAUUACACCGCUUGCAACCCCAUUCCCUCCGCCGCCCUCUACAUUCUCAUACCCCUUUUCAUUUUGGGAUUUUCCGUCUCCAUUUUCGUCCUCGCGGUGGUUCACAACGCCUUCUUCUUCGUCUCUAUCCUCCUUCUAGCCAUCUUUCUCUCUGCUUUCGCCCUCUGGAAUAGCCUCUACUUCUCCUCCAAAGCUGCAAUGCUCUCAUUUCUUCACUCUUUUCCCGACUCCGACCUCACACUUGCCUGCGAAGGUCAACUCGUUAAGAUUACAGGGUUUGCUUCGUGCGGGAGUGUCUCCCUUGAAUCAUCCUAUGAAAAGGCUAGUGGGUGUAUUUAUGCUUCUACUUCUCUAUAUGAAUAUAGAGGAAUGUCUCUGGUUUUUCAAAAGGUCACCCAACCUUACUGUGGUUGGAAGUUAGCAUACAGUGAGAGGUUCUCCACGGAUUUCUACAUAACUGAUAGAAAAAGUGGUAUUAGAGCUAUGGUUCAGGCUGGCCCAGGUAGUAAACUGGUUCCUCUUAUUAUUGAGAGCAAGCUUGUUAAUACUACCAGACACCGUAAGAUUCUGUCUUCUUCCUUGAGAAAAUGGCUGAGAGACCGAAACCUUUCUACCGAAGCUCAAAUGCUUCGACUUGAAGAGGGAUAUGUUCAGGAAGGGAGCUUGGUGUCUGUAAUGGGAAUGUUGCAUAAGAGCAACGGUCAUUUAACAGUAGUUCAACCUCCAGAUGCAAUCUCUACCGGAUGUUCAUGGCGGAAACUUCUUCUUCCCAUUGAUAUUGAUGGGCUAAUCCUUGGGGUCUCACAGACGUCCGGCCCUUCGCUCGUUCGGGGAUCGUUAUGUCAGCAAGAACAGUUGGCUGAUAUAUGAGGCUUGAACAGUAUGUUGUAGAUUGAAAUUUUAAUCUUCCUAACCUUUUGCUUAUCACUAGUAAUUUUGAUCUUCUUUCAGUUCAUCUA